GACCUGGAGGCGGCCGGCUGCCAGGGCGAUGGGGCAGGUGCUGGGAUUCGCCCACUGCAAAGAGUCUCCUUCGACUGCCUCUACCACUCCGGAUUCGACAGAUGGAGCCAACGAGGAGUCUGACUUCCCUGAACUGCAGACAGCACGGGAGUUUUCAGAGGAGGAGGAGGAAGAGGAGGAUGGCUCUUUGGAAUGGGGGACCCCCCGGGAGCUGACUUUUUCCUACAUCACCAUUGCCAGCCCCUCCGGCAGCAGCCCCAGUGCAGCAGAGCAUCGGGGCAGACGUGACUCCCAGACCCGCCGGACGAGGGCUCCGCUGCCCCGCACAGAGACUUGUGAAACUUUUGUGCCCACCCUGGGGGACAGUUUGGAGAACAUUCCCAGCCUCUGCCCAUCUCCAGAGGCAGAGGGGGCCCGACUCUCGGGCAGCGGCCAAGGACUGGAUGACUUUCUAAUGGAUUGGACUUCCCAGGCGGGCUGUGGCAGCGACCUGGAUGCCUCUGAAGGGGAGGAACAGGCGUCUCCGUCUCCCGCGCCCCCCUCGCCAGCGGUGGCAACGGAAGGAGGCAGCAGCACGGCUUGCUCAGGAACAGAUGACGACCCCGGGGAGACCCUCUCUCUGCCUGCUGCUGCCUUACUCUCCCCCUCCGAAGCAGGCGCCUCCUGCGGUGCUGACACCCCCCAAGACCGAGCACUGACCUCAGCAGAGUCCUGCCAACCCCCCCGCCCUGAGGAAGAGGGGCCUGGCCAGGAAGCCCAUCUGGAGCAGCUGCCUACUGAACCAGACCAGUCCGAGAACGUCCAGAACUUCCUGGGCCGCCCUUCCAGCCCAGAACUGGUGCCCGGGGAAGUUUCCACAGAGCAGCGAGGAGCCUCUGAGCUGCGGGAAAAGGGGAUCGCCAUGGCAAGCACAGUGGCCGACUUGGUGUACUGGCGGGACACCCGCAAAUCGGCCUUGGCGUUCACGGCGCUGAUGGUGGCCCUGCUCUGCCUGAUGCACUUCAGCAUCAUCAGCGUGGCCUCCUACCUCUCCCUGGCCGCCCUCGCCAUCACCAUCUCGCUCAGGGGAUACAGCAAGGUGCUGCAGCUGGUCCGCCGGGGAGACGGGCACCACCCCUUCCAGGCCCAGCUGGAUGCAGACUUUGGGCUGUCCAAAGAACAGCUGGAGCGGCUGACCGAGCGGGUGGUACAUCAUGUCACCUGGGGCACAAAGACUCUGCAGCGCCUUUUCUUGGUGGAUGACAUGGUGGAGUCCCUCAAGUUUGCUUUCUUGUUCUAUGCCCUCACCUACGUGGGAGCUGUUUUCAAUGGUCUGACGUUGCUUAUACUCGGUGUGAUAAGUGCAUUUACCUUCCCUCUACUCUACAGGCAGCAUCAGGCGCAGAUUGACCAGUAUGUAGAACUGGUGAGGAACCAGUUGAGUAAUCUCAGAGCAAAGGUGCUGGCCAUAUUGCCGACAGCAAAAGCGAAGGCAGAAUGAGGGGUCACAGUGGUGGUUCUCUUCCCUGCGCACACAGAUGCCAACGACAACGCACCCCCUGCUUCUUCUUCUUCUUCUUCUUCUUCCUCACUUCCCCUCCCCAGCCAUUGCAGUAGUGACCCUUCCUCUCCCACUCUCCCUGGCCUGGAGGGGCUGGGCAGUUGCUGGUUUUCCUUCAGGCUCCCCCACUCUUGAGAAAUUGCGGAACCCUUUCAAGGGGGGGGGAGGACCAGCAUCCCUUGGCAUCUCAGCCCUGCAGUUGCAGAGGCUCAGGGAAGCUGCGAAGGGCUGCCUCUUUUCCUCCUGGGGGGGGGGGGCGGGGGCCGAGAGAAGCCCCCUCCCCAGCCCACAGCCAAGGAUUUGUCAACCAAGAGCUGAGGGGCUAGUAUCCCACGCUCCUUUCCCCUUCCAUGUCCUGGCGACUUCCUCCUCCUCCUCCUCCUCCUCCUCCUGCCUGCAGUAUUUGUCCGGGGUCCUGAGUUGAGGCCGGCCAACCUGGAGCAUCCUUCCCUCUUGCGGAAGAGGAGCUGUUCGAGGUUGGCCAGGACCACCUCUGCCCCCUUUCUGUGGGAUGUUGUAGCUGUUCCCCCCCUGCCUGUCAUCACGGGCCGGGCUGCGGCUUGGCUGAUCAGCUGGCGGGUUGGGUGCAGCCGAUUCUUUUUGCCUGGAUAUUUACACUUUAAUAAAAACAGUUGUGAGAAAAAAAUGGG